AUGGGUUGUGUAACAAAUAAAGAGUAGGACAUAAAGCAAUUUAAUAUUAAAUUACCAGACUAAUGUACUUUUGGAAAAUAUUUAAGAUAAUCAUACAACUAUAUAAACAGAAGCAGAUCUGUCUGAUUCUUAAGAUUAAUUCCUAUAAAUUGGAAUGAAUAUAUGCAGUUUAGGCGAUUUUCUUCCUAAAGUCUAGGAAGUAUAUGAUGAACUUGGAGAAUUAUUCUAAAAUAUUUAAGGCCAGUAUUUGCUUAUGCAAGACCAAAGCAUAUAUUUUGGAUAAGUAGUCAAUGGGAAAAGACAAGGUGUUGGAAAAUAGCAUUGGCCAAAGGAAGGGAACUUAUUGGAAGGGUAUUAAUACAAAUUUUCAUUCCUUAGGACCUGGGUUGAUAAUUAAUUGACUGGAAGAGCUCGUAUGAUAUAUCCUAAUGGAGAUUAGUAAAUAUUAGAUAUAAAAGUAGUUUUGUUGGUAAUUUUCUUAAUAAUAUUGCGAAUGGAUUGGGAAGAUUUGUGAACUCUAAAAAAUAAGUGAGUGGAUUUUGGCUUAAUAAUAAAUUAACAGGAGAGGGAACUGAAAUUAGAAAAAAUGGAACAAUUUAUAAAGGGCAGUUUAGUGAAGGUAAAAUUUAAGGCCAUGGACAGUUUGAGUAUGCAAAUAAGUGCAUAUACAAAGGAAGUGUGUGUAAAGGAAAAAUGCACGGAAAAGGGGAAUUAAUUUUUAAUGAUAAUACAAGAUACAUAGGUGAAUUCAAGGCUAACUCUAUUUAAGGAAGAGGAAAUUAUGAAUCUGAUAUUUCAAUAACGGGAUGGGUAACCUAUUUUAACAUUCUUAUAGUUUCAUUCUAAAUUUGAAAAUUAAACCCUAUAUAUUUAUUUUUUUCGAUCUGAAACACCUGUACUAAUUGACAAUUAAUAUUGUACUCUAAUUGAAAAAUAGUUAGAACAAUUUUUUGAUUGA